CCAGUAAAUGAAAUAUUUGAAGUCUACUGAGCACGCUUGAUCACUUAAAGAUAAAGAUAGUCGCCCGUCCAGUAUAUCACACAGCUGACAGUGUCAAUAACCAGUCUCAUCAGCUAUAAUGACAUGGUGGCGUUUCCGGGUGUAAGAAAAUAAGCUGACACAUAAGCUGAUACUACUGACUGACCCUGCCCUGGGGUUCUCUUUAACAAAGAUGUAUUCUCUAAACCCAAUCAGAUAAACAACAUUCGGUAUGUGGAUAUCACGCAUUGAGACAUUAUAAGAAAUUAUGUGUGUGUAUGCGUGCAUGUUUUUGUACAUUUUGUUUGUGUGUGCAUUUUACGAGAUACGUGUGUAAAAAUAUUCAGGAUACAUCAAUUAGUGUUAGAAAAACCGGGUCUGUAUAAAGCUACCUGUAUUACAGCUGAACACUUGCCUCAAUGCGUACGAUGUUAUGAACAGCGACAGAUUAAUGCUACCUUGAAUCACCACUAUCUGUGAUAUCUAACUGCAUAUACGUACAUAUAUAUACACAGAGCCAAGCAAUGCUAUAAAAUACAUGUAGACAUUUUUGAAUUUUUGUAACGUCCCGGUCAUAACCAACUAAACAUGCCACUCAUUAUAUUCAAAUAAUUGACUAAAACAAAGUUAUCUUCUGAUAUCUAAAUUGUCAUAUCGAUAGGUGGUUAUGAUAAGCCUACCGUUUUUACACAUCAGUGUCCUUACAUUGCUUACACGGUCGCUCUGAACUACACCAUGAUUUGUUGGAAAGCGACACAUUUACCACAACCUGUGAUUGGCUAGCUAUAUUCCUCUUAAGCGCAUGGCCUAUAAUUCAACAGUCCAUUUCUUCUGGUUGUUUCAUUCAAUUAGGUAUCGAGAAACAACAUGCUGUCUACGGUGCUCUGUGUGAUCGCGUUGGCUCUCCUCGUUGCAUUUUACAGGCAACGGAGAGCGAAAAUGCAAGUGUUUGGUCGGAUGGGAAUACCUGGGCCUCGACCACAUUUUUUAUUUGGGAAUCUGUUAUCUUUUUUCCGCAAAAGCUUUUAUAUUAAAUAUCAGGAGUGGUACAGGGAGUAUGGGAAAACUUUUGGGUACUUUGAGGGCCCCACUGCAGUUCUGGUUACUACAAAUAUGGAACUAUUGCAUGAAGUGUUUGUCAAGCAGUUCAAAAAAUUCCAUGCGAGAAAAGUUUUUCCAGUUCAGGUCGAUCCUGACAAGGAUGAAAAUGUCCACAUGUUUUUUGCUAGAGGCGAGCGAUGGCGACGUCUAAGAUCUAUCAUCAAUCCAGCUUUCAGUACGAUGAAAAUGCGUAACAUGACGCCGAUGAUAAACACUCGAAUUGAUCAUCUUAUGGCAUUGGUGGAUACCCAUGGACGAAAUGGAGACGAUUUCGAUGUUUACGAUAUAUUUCAAAGACUUACCAUGGAUACUAUAGCGGAAUGUGGACUUGGUCUUAAAAAUAGCUCUCUCAAAAAUCCAGACGAUUGCUGGCUCAAGCACUCACGGAAGGUCAUUACGGACACCACGAAACGUCCCUUCCUUUUCCUGCUCGGAUUUAUUUUCCCAAAAUUCCAUGAGCUUUGGAUCACGAUAUACAAACUAUUAGGCUAUCUGUCAUUCAACCCAGUGUUUUGGUUAGAAAAACAGAUCCAGGAAAUCGUCCACAAGAGAAAAGACUCACCGCAGGUUGACAAAGUGGACCUGCUGCAUUUGAUGUUGAACUCGGAAUACGAUCCUACUACUGGUCUCGAGGAGUUAGACGCAUCAGACAAGAUGAUUCGGAAGAGACUUCUCACCACUGAGGAAUUGACAGCUCAAUCUCUCCUUUUCCUUUUGGCUGGAUAUGAGACAACAAGCACUACUCUCGCAUAUAUUGUAUACGAAAUGGCUGUCAAUCCAGAGGUUCAGACAACACUUCAAGAGGAAAUCGACAGAUAUUUUCCAGACCAGGCAGAUAACCCGACAUAUGAUGCCAUUCAACGGAUGGAGUACCUAGAUAUGGUUUGGUGUGAAACAUUGAGAAAAUGUCCACUCGCUAGCACUGUUGUUGCUCGUGAAUGCAUGGAAAAUUGUACGAUUGAGGGAGUCAAGCUUACAAAAGGGAUGCUUAUACAUGCUAAUGUGUGGGCUCUUCAUUAUAACGCUGAGCUGUGGGGAGAAGAUCCGGAUCAAUUUGUGCCCGAAAGGUUUUCAGCCGAACGAAAAAAGAAGAGAAAUCCAAUGGCUUGGAUGCCCUUUGGAAGUGGGCCUCGCACAUGUGUCGGGCUCCGACUGGCCCAAUUACAGGGUAAAAUGGCAAUGAUUAGACUGUUUAAGAACUAUAGAAUCGUGCCGUCCGAGAAACUUUCAAUCCCGCUGAAGUACGUGGAGGGAGCAACAAUUAUUCCUCAAAACGGGGUGACGAUCAGAGCUUACAGACGAAACCUCGAUGACAGUAGAGACAAAUAGAUACUGUUGAUUCAAUGUAUGUGGACAUGAAGUUGCAUGGGAUUCGGUUCUAAUUCAACACAAAGUCAGUGUUACCAUCCCCACUCAUUAUCAGUGCUUGUGCAAUAGUUCCUCGGAACAACAUUCAAUAGAAGGAUGAAAAGACAAAAUAAAUGAAAAGUAUCUCAGAAUGAACACAUUUACAUGUGAACUCUGGAUACAGAACACAGGACAGACGUGAAUUACCAUGUUAUGGACUUACACGUUUCAAAGCAUUAUCAAGCUGAACAUGUGAAAUUCACGGACCUGGGUAUAUUGUGUAGCAUGUGUGUGAUACAGACCCAGUUUAUAUAGGGUGUACAUGUGGAAUGAACAUUGUUUUUUUGAACACUUACAUGUGUGACAUAUGUACUGUGGGUAUAUCAUAUUCUAUAACAUGAUAGAAAUUAAUUAGCUUAACAUAUAUAUACCCUACACUAACCAAAACAAGAGAACUUGGUUUUGUAAAGAAUGGAUUCUAGAACACAGUAGUAAUCAACACACCUUAGUUGUGGUCAUUUCCUACUGAAAUUGGACUUGAUACCCACAGUAUAUGAGCGGGCUAGCUAAAGCUGCGGAUGGUCAGCGCAGCAAAUUAUAUUUUUUUCUUUCUGGUGCCUUUUUGUAAAUUAUAUUUUUAUUUCUUGUUGUCGGUUAGCAAGUGCACACUGUUUGUGAUUAAUAUUAGUGGAUACAAGCUGAUCUGUCGUCUGUGCAGUGGUAUCCAAAUUGUUGUUGAUGUUUUGCCAUUUGUGUAGGUAGUAUCAACCAUUUAUGUGAUUACACGUAUCUUGCCAGUGUUAUCAGCUAUUCUGUGAAAGAAUAAGUAUCAUUCACCAUACCUUGUGCUCAACAUUGUGUUAAUUUUAUAGUGUCAAAUUAUAUUACAUUGAUAAAUCCAUGCAACGUUUAGAUUGUUCCAUGUAUAUAACAUUUUUAGCAAGAAUGAAAUUUCCCCAAAAACUCUUUUCUCUGUAUCUUAUUUAUCAAAAAAUAAAAUUUAAACAUUUCAUACCACAUAUCUUUAGGCAUAGACCAUUGCUAUUAUUAAAUUCAUUUACAUUAAGGCUACAGUUGUCAAACCACGCUUGGUAUCAUGUCAAUCAGGGAAACUAAAGAACAGCUUGAAAUGAUUUAUUGAUUGAUACUUAGCGUAACACUGUUCUAUUUUUAUUGAAUUAAUGUUAGUAUGUAAAUAUUAGUAUAUAAAUACAAUUCGAUGUUGUUCUUUCCGUUAUUUCAUGAGAAAUGUAUCAUGUAAACAGGAUUCAUUCCAUACUAUAGGGUCAUGAAUAAUUCCAUUGCGUAUUAUAAAGUGCGAUGGUUCAAAAUGUUCAUAUUUAAAAUCAAAUGUUGCAUUCCAUGUUACAGUAUGUGAAUGUAAAUGUAUUUAUUAAUUUAUUUAUUGGUUUAUUUAUUAUUCUGAGUCGAUCAUAAUGAGAUGUUACAUAAAAUGCUACUAGUCUUUCAAUUGUUAUACAAACUUAUAUAUUAAAAUAUAUUGUAUCAAUGGUA